UUUCUGUUUUUGGAGAAAGCAGCCACACACUGGGUGGUUUUCUCAGCAGGAGAGUGAAACUGAAUCCCCGCAGGCUUUUCCCAGGAGAGUCCUGGAAAUCCAACCAGAACCGUUUCCCACUCGGAGGACGUGUGAAACUCUGCUUUAACCAUGGGGGACGUGGUUUCCUCUCACCUGGAUGAGAGCAGGAGGGAGAUGAUCGGAGCUCAGACCAGGGUUGUGAUGAAGGAGUUCAGCAGUCUGUACGAGCAGCAGUACGCCGUCGCUCUCUUCAACGCCGUCCGCUUCGAGAUCGAAGGAGGAGGCGGGGGGCAGUCGCAGCUGCUUCACAGAAAGGACCCUCUGGCGGGUCGAAACAUCUUCUCCGGGAGUUUGUUCCAGUACCUGGAGGAGAACCGGAAGUGGCGGAACCGCUUCGUGUCGGUGCCGAACAGCUACGCCAUCAAACUCUAUGAGAGCAAAACGGCUCACGACCGAGGACUGCAUCCCAAGGUCUCCAUCAACUGUGCCGGGUACAAGGCGCUGACCUCCAUGGAGGAGUACAUGGAGCUGAUGAACGGCUGCCUGCCAGGCGUCAAGGCCAAGCCUGGCGGUAAUCCUUUCAUCAAGUGUGCGACCCGGUUCCCCCUGAUCCUGUGGCACCCGUACGCCCGCCAUCACUACUUCUGUGUGUCGACGGAGAAGGAGCAGCAGAAGUGGCACGCCGUGCUGCAGGACUGCGUCCGACACGGCAACAACGGUCUUUCGGAGGACAGUCCCGUCCACACGCCAGCCUUCACCGACGCCGUGAGACAUUUGAGACAGAGCAGAGGACACUUCGGCACCUGGGACAUGAUGUGUGGCUCGCCGCCGGAGAUUUUGGCUAAUCUGGUGAUGGAGACUCUCCAGCCUGAGCUCAGAGCCCUGAUCGGGCCUCGUCUGAAGGGGAAGAUGCAGCAGCGGCAGAGGAACUGGAUGCAGAUCUCUGACGCCGUGUACCGGCAGGUGUUGGCUCAGACCUGCAGUCAGUAUGAAGCUCUGGUGGAGGCCUGCGAGGCCGAGGAAGCUCCGCUAGACGCCAGACUGAGAACGGACAUGGACCAGCUCAUCGCGUCGAAGGAACAUGUCAGCAGCAAGAUCAAAGCUCUAGUGUCGCCCAAAUCCGACCAGCUCCUCCGGACGAGCAUCCAGCCCUACAUCAGCUCCAUCCUGGACGCCCUGAUGGAGCCGACCAGCCGAGGCUUCUCCGAGGUCAGGGACGUCUUCUUCAAGGAGCUGGUGGAGAUCAGCAAGAACUCCCUGAACGGAGGGGGCAAAGAAAAACUGGGAGACCAACUAGAUCGUCUGUCCAUGCUGGCCUUCCACCCGGUGAAGAUGCAGAGCUGCUACGAGCAGAUGGAGCAGCUGAACCUGGAGGGGCUGCAGCAGAGGUUUGAUGUUUCCAGCCCGUCGGUGUUCAUCAGCAGAGCUCAGAUCCUCAUGAGGCAGCAAAUGGACAACGCCGUGUACACGUUUGAGCAGCUGCUCCAACAGUCUUUAGAGUCUCAGGGCGACGAGGACGUCUGCAAAACCAUCCAGAGGUGCCAGGACCGGGUUCUCAAGAAAUAUGAUUACGACAGCAGCACGGUGCGUAAGAAGUUCUUCAGAGAGGCUUUGCUGCAGAUAAUCAUCCCCUACAUGCUGCAGCAGCUCGCCCCGUCCUGUACGCCUGAGCUGCCUCGCUUCAAAGAGCUGAUCUUUGAGGACCUGUCCCGAUUCCUCCUGGUGGAAAAUAUGUAUGAGGAGGUGGUCCUGCAGUCAGUCACCAAGGACAUAAUGAUGGCUGUGAAGGAAGCAGCAGUGCAGAGGAAACACAACCUCUACCGGGACAGCAUCAUUCUAAGCAACAGCGACCCAAACCUCCACCUUCUUGAGGAAACCCCACAGGUGGACUGGGCCACUAAAUUUGGAGCCGACGAUCCCGAUGGAAGUGUCGGCGCCAAUGUUGAAGAGAGAAGAGCCUCUGGGGGGAGACGCAGGCAGGUGGUGUCCAUGAUCAAAGUGGACGGGUUGCCAUUUCCUUACGAGUCCUGCCUGGAGGUCCCAGGGGUGGAUCUGAUCCCUGAGGAGGACAGUGUUGCACCUUGGAGUAAAGAAGAGGAGGAGGAGGAGGAGGAAGAAUGUUUAGGCCUGUCUGAGGAUCCAUUGUCUCCUGACAGCGUGGAUGAAAUCAGGGACUUGAUCAAUCCGAUGGUAGAGGUGGUGCUGCCGGUGCCGGAGGAGAAACUGACUGACGUAACCAGCGGGACGGAGACGAGUACCGGCACCAUCACCAUGGAGGACGGGAGGGAGGAGCAGGUGACCCACGUCACCACCGUCAUCGGGGACUUCGCCAAGAAAUCUCUGCGGGACAAGUCGCCCACCCAGACACUCCUGGAGCUGACGGGAGGCGAGGAGAAAGCUGAUCUGGAUGUUCAGGAGGAGCAAGCCAUCCAGAGAGCCAUCGAGGAGAUGGAGCUGGCGGUGCAGGAGGACGACAGCGAACACGCCAUCGAGGCCUCGACGGCAGAGUCCGAGGACGAGUCCCAGCCCCCGGCCACAGACUGCAGCUCGCACUACGACAGCGGCUUCCAGUCCCCGACCAACGACGCCGAGCCCAUCGCCAACGGUGAGGCCAAAAUAACCGAAAACACGGACGUUUAUUUAGUUUAA